AUCGAUUGGUUCCCUUCACCCGGGAUGCCGAAUGACUCGCCAACCUUGGCAAAGACGCCUGACAAGGCGUGGAACAUCACGUACUCGGAAUCUAGCUGGGCAAGUUGGGGUCCGGGCUCGACGGGAAUGGGAUCAUCGGCCCAUACAACGUCUCGGUCAGGUGCACACGUCGAUAUCGAUUUCGCUGGGACCGGGAUAGCCUUUUACGGGGAAUCCCAAAGUACCUCGUACACGCUUCAGGUCGACGGCGUUUCGGCCACAGCAGCAACUGAAGGUGGAGCGCUUGCCUCAGCGGCAAACCUUAGACCUGGACUCCAUCGCGCCGCCUUCACAUUGCCAUCUCAAUGGACUGGCGUGAUAUCCGUCAACCAGAUUGUUGUAACCACGACCAUUACCUCCGAGGCCGACAGUAUCGACCGCGUGCAAUAUAUCGACUUGUUUGCCCUCGACGGGGGCCCCAUCAACGCCGGGGCGUGGGGCGUCAACUCCGGAUACGAGGUCGCAGUAGCAGGAAUUUGCUCCGGAUCGGCCGAUCAAGCAGCUGAGUUGACCGUGCCCAGCUCGUCCGCGUUUCUCGAACUCUGGGGUCCAGUAGGACACCAGCACGGCCGGUUCAAAGUUGAGGUGGAUCCCGAACCGCCAAACGCUGUGCAGACAUAUGAGCGCACUGCGUUUAAUACAUGGGAAAGCUCUGCACCGGAAAUUCUGUACUUCACUCCUUUGGAUCCCGGGCAACAAUAUACUGUGCGGCUGAGAAGCCUAGGAUUUGGUAUAGUGUGUCUUAACAAGGCCCGGGUGUACUCUUCGAAAGCCUCCGACACACCCAAUGGCUCGAGCGCUCCGGGAUCCAUCGCAAGCGGCUCUGCAACGAAUGCAGCUGGGGCCUCGACAAGCGCUGCAAGAGGCCCUAACGUCGCCAACGGCGUAGGCAGCGACGGCGACAACGGCACCAGCGCCGCCAGCGGGGGCAAGAAGAGCAACGCGGGCGCGAUCGCAGGCGGUGUAGUCGCAGGUCUCGCCGCACUGGCUGCCAUCGCUGUGAUACUCUUCUGCCUGCGGCGCCGGAAGCGCAAUGCGCGCAGUCGGCAACAGGCGAUGUACAAGGCGACGUCAAGCUCGCGCGACCGGCCAGGGAGUUGGCAGCCGUUCUUCGGUACAGCAGCUCUCGGUUCGCAGGGAAGUCGGGGAAGCAAGGAUCUCGAGCUACUGCCGCCAACCUUGAGCGCAGACAAAUCGUCAAGUCGGCACACAUCGAUGCAGACGUACGACAGCACAGCGGGCAACACACCAGUAACCCCUCCAGUGGGCGAAUUUGGUGCGCCUAUCCUUCCACAUGACGAGGUGUCGAAGUUCACCCCAACGCCGUACCAUCAUUUCUCUGGAUCACACACCUCCAUUCCCUCACAGUCGAGCUUGCCGCCCAUCACCGAGAUGCCGCGCACCAUCCCGCCCGGGCACAGUUUUGCGACGAUCAGCACCAUGGGUGUAGCAGCGAGUGCUGGCACGGUCGGCUCGAGGGCGCGAUCCGCGCUCUCGUCGCCCAGCUCUGAUACGGUUGACAGCCUCCCACCAGGUUGGCCCAGCCCACCCACUUCCCCUCCCCGGACCGGGCCAUUGCCACCUCCUCGGAAACACAUGAGCCGGGGGUCCCUAUCGCCGCCGGCCUCGCCAGCCCCUGCGCCUGUCAGCACCAUGCAGCCCUUCCGGCAGCCAGACCUGUUCGACUGAGCCGUUUUCGCUGCUCGCAGCUCCGCUUGGGCUUUUGCAGGAUAGAACACUGGAUUAUAUUCAUAAAAUUGAUUAGCUUCAGCAUAGCAUACAAGAUUUGUAGUGACAUUCUGCAGGGUCAUAUUGCGC